GACACACCCCUCGCCUGUGACCACGCCUCCUCUAGUCUGGGCCACAAACCCACCACCUGUCUCACCCAGGUGUCCAGGCAGUGGGGAGUGGGGUCGCGGCAGCGUGGGCGAAGUGCUGGUCAGGAUGAGACUUUUCCGGUUACUGGUGCGGCAGCUGCGGGGAAGGCGAGGCAAGGGACCGGACCCGGCCGUAGCCCAGAUCAGCUUGAAUGAGCGGCCCCUUGGACAAGCCCCUUGGACCAGCCGGCCUGCCAGGGCCAGGCGGCUGCAAUGGCACAAUCAAAAUCAAGACCUGGAUUUUCCCCGCCACGGAGCCCGGUACUCCAGACUCGGGUACAAUGGGCCUAGGAGGGUGAGCCCCAGGGGGACCUUUAAGUGCUACCUAGAAAAGUCCUCGACUCUAGCCCCAUCUGCUAGCAUCCCUAAACAUUUUAGGGUCGAAGAAAGGGGCAAGGUGGAGAGGUAGAGGAUCUGGAUCCUUGGCGUCCGUGUAAACAGACGCCACUUCCAUCCCCAGCUGCAGAGCUGCUCUGCCCAGCGGAUUCUGCAUCUCUUCGUGAUUAACUGACGGCCCUGUGGCCGGGGCAUUCGAACUUAGGUUGCUGUACGAUCCCAACUGCACACAGGGGACCUUGGGAGCUCCGUGGUUGUGGGACAGCUCCUAAGGGGUUGCACCAGUGUGUGAGAGUGUAUUCAGGCUGCGAAGUGGUUAACCCUGCCAGAAGGGAAGAGGUUCGGGCAGGACUUCGGUGGAGUAGCUCCCUCGGCCUAGAAGCCUGGGGAAGGAUGGGUGGAUGAGUGGGAGGAUCCCGGGUUGGGGGCGUGGUCUUGCGCUGGAGAGCUAAGUCCCGCGUGGCACUGAGCCAAUAGGAGUCGGCGCCGGCCCAGGGGGCGGGGACACACCCCAUGCAGGCUCCGCCCGUUUCAGCCCUUUUCUGGGGACCCGACGGCGCGGACCCAGUCUAACUGCUUCAGCACUUGCUCUGGUUUUGCAGCAGCUCCCUCCCUUUUAUCAGAACCCGUUCUCCUAACCCAGCCCAGGGAAAGGAAGGAAAUCCGAGGAAGACCUGAAGAGCCCAUCUGGGCUCUGGUUAAAACUCAGGUCUGGCUCCAGCAUCAUCCAGACGCCAGGGAAGUCCUUCCUGCCCUCUGAAAUGGCCCCAUCCAAAGAUGGACGAGGCCCCUGGGUGAUGGUUUGAAUCCUCUCCUUCUCUUUCCAAGCUCCAGGCUAGGGAUGUAGCCUGAGACUGGGCCCAUUCUAGGCUUUAUAUAAACUUCUCCGGACUACCUAGCUCGGGGCUGCUUCAAGGAGGCUCAGAAAGACCAGAUGCCAGGCAAACCUUAGGGUGAAGCUUUGACCGAUUUCCUCUCUGGGGUUAGUUUGGGGCCAACACCGAACCCCCGUAUUAACCCUUAGAAGUGCAUGCUGCAGACCGAAGAGAACCCUUCUCAGCUUCAGAAUCCCCACCCAUCUAGGAUGUGGGAGUUCCUGAUGCCUGGAUUUGUCCCCGCCUUCCCCACACUCCACAGCAAACCUCAGUGUCCCACUCCGCGCAGUGGACCCACGUCUCCUGCGCCUGCGCAGCCUAGAGACCAACAUCGUCUAAGGCUGCAAGGAGCUAAAAAUCGCUCCCGCCCACCCACAAGCUGGGCUGGACUUGAGGAUCGCGGAGUGGGGGUGGGGGGGGGUAGUGUUGUAGUGGAGCGGGGUGGAAUGAAGAGUGAGGAGGGAGGCUGUCUAGAUGCCUGUCCAAUUAGGGCAGUAGGAAGAAUCCUGGUGGCCGAGCAGCAUGUUCGUGUUGCCAUCUCGCUGAGUCUGUUCCUCGCACUUCUCUGUCCAAGGCCGGGAAACCGCUCUUGCCGCGCCUUCUCCCGCCGGCUGCCGCGGGAGCUCUCCGUGGUGCUGAUUUCUAGAGCUCCAGUCCGUAGUGCUGAAAUAUGAGCUCAGCUGUUUCCUGGAUUUGACCCUGAGGUGUCUCAGCAGUGCCCUAGACUCCAGUCCGGCUAACAGGACAGUGCCACCCUGAGCUACCAGAAAGGGACAGCUGAACCUCACCCCGUAUCCCAGCUGACUCUUAUCUCAGGUGGACAUGGCCUGCAGGGGUUGCACUCGACCCAGGGGCCUGGCCUGGGCCCUGCAACUGACCCUGGCAUGGAUCCUGCUGGGGGCUUGUGGAGGGAGCCACCCACUCCCACCUAGAUCCCAGAGACACCAUAGGCUGGUGACCAAUUUGGGCCCAAGCCAGCUGCACCUGGCAGAGAUGAACACACCAGAGGCAUCGGACCCUGGGAUCGUCUCAGGGAGCUGUGGGGAGCUGAGCCCCGGGUGUGAAUCCUUCCUGGGAAACCUCCAGGUUGCCCUCCGCAGUCGUUUCCACCUGCUGCUAUUGGGGGUACGCCAGACACAGCCUCUCUGCUCGGAGCUCUGCGAUGCCUGGUUUGCCACCUGCGAAAGUGAUAUCAUCUGCAGCCCGACUUGGCUCCCACUCCUAGAAAAGAGGGGCUGCGAGCCUGGCUGCACCACCUAUGGGCAGACUUUUGCUGACGGAGCGGAACUUUGCCGCUCGUUUCUGGGCUACGCGGUACCAGUGGCGGAUCCUGGCUCUGGUCACUGCCUCAACAUUUCCAUCUCCGUGCUGCCGCGUCCCAGACACGCACGGAGGGCCCGGGAAACCACUUUCCGGCGCUCCCGACGCCCUCGCACCUGGAUCCUGGACGCUGCAAGCAGCGGAAGUGGCAGUGGAAGUGGCAGCGGCCCCUAGGGGGCGCCUGGCCUUGAAUGGAAGAUGCACCCCCUCUCCCCACCUCCGGCCCCGCCGCUCAAGACACCCAGAGUCCCACCCCUGUCCCUCUCUGCAUUCUAGUUUCCAGAGUCCCAUCCUUCCUUUCUGGGGCCCCA